CCCGGAGUCAGGAUUCAAUAAAUGUGUAGUCGUUUGGAAAACAGGUAACGUGUUUAUUUCUAACUUCUGCAGUUUUAACAAACAAUAAUUGUGCCAAGGUGCAGAAAUAUAUAUUUUUAGUGUGCGAGGUGCACACGGAAUCUCCUGGAGAGGCCAGUAUAACGCCGUUCUGACGUUGAAAUUAACUGGCUCCAGAUGGGGUUUGCGUCUCCAAUCCAGCCGCCAUGCCGAUUGUUCUUUGUUACAUUUGCAUGACUGCAGAAGACGGAGUAGGCUGAGAUCGGAGUUAAAACCCGGCUAGAGUUUGGAAUCUGGUGAAAUCCUGGAUCCCGUUCUUUACUGGAUCGUCUUUAUUAAUAUGUAGCUACUCUGCUGAAUUGUGAUUAGCGUGGAAUACACAGUGUAAUUUUCAUACUGGAGAAGAAUGGCCUUUGCUUUAGUGAGGUCCCCAUACAUUUACCACACCACUGUUUUUGACCAGAAUUUAGCUCCAGGUUGAGUUAUCCACAUUAGUCAAGAAGUGUAGGCCUCACAUUUGCCACUCUUGGACUGCUUCAGAGGAUUGCUCACAUUCUUCAGAAUUCAUACAUUUGACCAAUCCAUUUGGCAUGUCUUAAUGUAUUUCUGUUGUAACUAACAGUGUCAACAAAUAUAGUAGUAUCUAUGAUCAUGUAGUGAAAAUGUAAUGAUAAUCUCUAAGUAAUAAUGUAGCUUGUAAAUAACAAAUCGGCAACUCCACCUUUUUGGUAAAAAGCUGAGGGAUGGGCCUGAAGAAAUGUAACCACUGCAUUUCAUAGAACUAUUGAUGCAAGGACUGACCAUCCAAGAUAUCAAAAUAAUAGUAUUAAGAAUAUCUUGAGGCUAUACAGUGUUGUUUAGGCCCUACAGUUACAAUGUUUACAAACAUUGGCGUAAAACAAGCUUAUAUUUAGGGUUCUGAUGGAAAUUUGCGCUAAACCAGGGGAGUCAAACUCAUUCCAUGGAGGGUUUGUGGUUUUCCUUUCAAUUAAGACCUAGACAAUCAGGUGAGGGGAGUUCCUUUCUAAUCCGUGACCUUAAUUCAUCAAUCAAGUCCAAGGGAGGAGUGAAAACCCUGCAGACACUCGGCCCUCCGUGGAAUGAGUUUGACAUGUGCACUAAACUCAAGUUAUAUCCUUCAAGAAUCAAUGCAUAUACAUUAUUAAUUUAAAAGUCCAGAAAUUGAUGUAUCAACUGCGGAUAUCCCCUUUAAACUCUUAAAAGUUUUGAUUUAGAUAAAGCAAAUGAUACACAAUACACACUUUACGAAGAUUUGUAACAACAUCUCUUUCUUGAAUGUGCAGAUUGUCAUGAUGACGGAGCAACCAGAUGAGUUUAUCUGUGAGUAUACUGAAAACUUCAACACCUUUGAAAUGGCAUCCGAGUUUAUUUGUCACAUGCUUCGUAAACAACAGGUGUAGACUAACUUACUUGCAGGUUCUUGUCCAACAAUGCAAAGUUAAAGAUAAAAUAUAGAAAUAGUGACACAAGGAAUAAAUACACAGUGAAUAACAAUAACGAGUAAACAUAUCAUGGCUAUAUACAGGUAGGACAAGUACCGCGUCAAUGGUAAUUGAGGUAGUUAUGCACAUAUAGGCAUAGUGCACAUUGAUUUACUAUUGUAGCUCUUUUGCUCCCUAUGUGUGCGUGCCUGUGGUGUGUAUCUAGCCCUACACGCGUAUGUGUAGGUAUUUCACAUUGCAUGCCUGUGCCUAUUUAGACAUCAGAGUAUGUGGUAUCUGAUAUGUUACUUUUUGAUGGUACCCGUCAGGGUGUGAGGACUGUGGGCAGUAUCAUGACUCUGAGUGUCCAGAGCUGGGACCAGUGGUGACUGUACAGGACUCAUUUGUUCUCAGCAGAGCGCGGUGAGUAAAAGUCCACCAUGCAAGCUACCUAGUGAGAGGGUUACUGACACCAGUGUUGAGUGGGUUUCCACCUUAGCUGGUAAUCUUACAAAUAGUGUAUUUAAAGCAGCAAAUCUUUAACCUGAUAUUGGAGGAACAGGAAUGGAGGAGGCUAUGUAUUGAUAGAAGUUGUAUUGUGUGUUUGUCAUGGGUCAGGUCCUCUCUGCCGGAGAGUCUGGAGAUCAGACAGGUGCCAGAUGGGAGGGAGGGAGUGUUUGUCCUCCGACGUCUGGUCAAGAGGACUAGGUUUGGUCCCUUCGAGGCUAGGAGAGUAUCCCACCUGGACAAAGAAGGCCUGUUCCCUCUGAAGGUGCAUUCUCAACUUAGGCUGCUGUUAUUAUGGAGAAAUAUUUGUUAUAUGUUGUGUGUUGUUUGCGAUGGUGUUAAAAUCCCACUCUCUGUAUUCUUUGGUUUUGUUUGUGACCUGGACAGAUCUUCCAGAGAGAUGGCCUGGUAGUCUGUUUUGACUCAGCCAAUGAGGAUGACUGUAACUGGAUGAUGCUGGUUCGGCCCGCCACUGACCAUCAGCACCAGAACCUGACUGCUUACCAGCAGGAUGAUGAGGUCUACUUCAACACCUCACAGGUAUCAUAUACCAACUCCCCCAAACAAAGCAACUGAGAACAGUUUUGGUCAUUCUUUAUUGGAUAUGUCCCGAUAUCCACACUAGCAUACUAUUUAGUGUUCAUGGCCAAUACAUCACUACAUACUAGGUGGUGUACAAAUGGGAGAGAGCUCUUCUCUUCCUGGAGACACAUAGAUGGUUCCCUCCUCUUUCAUAUUGUAACCCUCUGUCUUUUCCCCAGGAUGUGCUGCCAGGGUCUGAGCUGAGGGUUUGGUAUGGGGCCUUUUAUGCCAAGAAGAUGGAGAGGCCCAUCCUGAAGGCCCCAGACCCUCCACCUCCAGCAGGUAUGGAGCCCCACUGGCAGACUGGAUUCUGCAUCAUUGUCUCCUGAGAUGCAAACUGGUGUACUGUAGCUUUAACCCUGCUGUUCUAUUGCUAAGCACAUAUUCAAUAUGAAAUAUGUGACAGCGUUGUCCUAUUUUUGUCCCUCCCUUAUCUCUCAGAUGUGGAUACUACCUCUACCAUGCCAGAGGGGGCUUUGAGUAAAGCUGGUGCGUCACAGCCCCUAGUGGUUGGAGAGAAUGAUGCAGGUGAGCUCACUCCCAGGGAUGCCACAAAUAUUUUCCUGGCAUACAUCAACACCUUCUCAUGAAACCACUGUUAGAUGAAAUACCUCUGCUGUAAAUAAGUGAAUAAUGAGCCGUUUCUGUUACAGUAACAGUUCAGCCACAUAUUAUUAAGCCCCUUAACAUUUGAGGAAUAACUCUCCAUCAUAACUAAUCAAUGAGUAUACAUUUAUUUACAUUUAUCAUUAGAGACGCUCUUAUCCAGAGCGACUUACAUAGCACAUGCAUUAAUGAUUGCAAACGCCAGCUCUACAAAUACAUCCUGCGGCAGUCCUCCCUACCAUGACGACCUGGCCAAUUUGCGUGCCUCAUGGGUCUCCGGUUUCGACAGAGCAUUCGCUCUCUAGUGGACAGUAGCACUGGAGUGCAGUGUUAGCCACUGCGCAGAUCAGAAUCAUUUCAGAAUGACAAGACAACACUGUAGUGGACAGGAGAUUUAGUUUUAGAGAAACCAACACACGGCCCUACAUUCCUUCUCUUGCUGGGUUGACCCGACCCAUGCUUUGUGUCCAGUAGGCCAGGGCCAGGGCUGUGUUUGUGGAGCGACAGCUCCUGACCGGUCAAUGACUGCCACACCACCAAGACUAACCAUAGAAAGACAGGGAAGGAGGAGUAGAUGGUCUCAUAUUGUUAUAACUGGUGCUGGAGCUGGGAAACAAAGUUCCUCCUCAUGAACACUAGCACUUGCAUUACAUAGAAGGUAGCCAUGAUGGUUGAUGGCUUCAGAGCUGGCUUAAGACAGGCGGCUGAAUGGCUCGUUUUAAUCAGGACAGUAGUGAAGAGGAAGAGGUGCUCUUCUCUAUUUACAUGAAAAGUUCAAUUUCCCCAUCCUUCCACCUGUCUUCUUCCCAGACCACCUUUUGAGCCACCUGCAGGAAGUGAAGGCUGUAGCCCCACCCCCUGAUGACCAACCCCAGCAGCAGGAAGAAGCAGAACUGGUAACCCCUGAUGACGGCCCCAGUGCUGAGCCCAUCCCUGCUCCUCCUCUGCCAGCUCCCAAAAGAAUGCUGGGCAGGCCGGGGAAGAGGGCCAAAGGAGGACGGAAACCUAGCACUGCAACUAUAGCAGCAAAGAAGAAAAGUGAGACAGAUUCCACCUUUUUUACAUUGUUACAUUAUUGACUACCCCAUCACAUGCACUGUUAAGUUUCCACCACAUUCUCUCCUCAAAUGUGAUUUUUAUUGAUACCUUCCUGCUUCUAGUUGCAGCCUUUUUAGAGCCAGCAGAGAAAGCCCUCAACAUGGUCCCUGCAGACGGAGGAGAGGCCAUGCUGGAUGGCAAUGACCUGGAGAUCGGCCCUGACGGUGUGGCUGUCACCAUGCCCAGGGUGACCCGCACCCUCCUCUCUGCUGGGAUGUAAGGAUCAACUAUAAUGUCAUGACUUACAUAGCCAAAGUAAAUGCCUCUUAGUAGAGUAAUAAUUGUCCAUUGCUAUACUUCAACUGCAGUUCACCUUUCAAUUGCAUGCUUUAUUUACAGUACACAUAUUUUAUUUUGAAGGACAAUAAACAUCAAUCAAUCAGUUAUUCUGUAGACUUGGAAAGAUACCAUGCUCUCACUCUCUCCACUCUGUCCCUCUCCUCGCUCUCACUCCCUCCACUCUGCAUUAUCCCCCUUUCCUCUCACUCCCUCCACUCUGCAUUAUCCCCCUUUCCUCUCACUCCCUCCACUCUGCAUUAUCCCCCUUUCCUCUCACUCACUCCACUCUGCAUUAUCCCCCUUUCCUCUCACUCCCUCCACUCUGCAUUAUCCCCCUUUCCUCUCACUCCCUCCACUCUGCAUUAUCCCCCUUUCCUCUCACUCCCUCCACUCUGCAUUAUCCCCCUUUCCUCUCACUCACUCCACUCUGCAUUAUCCCCCUUUCCUCUCACUCCCUCCACUCUGCAUUAUCCCCCUUUCCUCUCACUCGCUCUUGUCCUUGUUCCCUCUUCCUCAGGCCUGGGUCGAGGAAGAGGUUUCUGAGGCAGGGAGGAGACCAUAAGAGGCUGUACAAGUGCAACCUCUGCAACAAGGUCUUUCAGAACAGCAGCAACCUCAACAGACACAUCCGCUCCCACGGUAAUGCUCUCUCCACUCCUCCCUCCAUCGUUUUUUUUUGUCCUGGUCUUUUUUUUGUGGCAGGAACAAUUAUGUAAGACUAAUUCCAUCUCUUUUCUCUGAAGAGCGGUGUAUAUAUGGAGAUCACUGUGUUUACUAAUCAUGUCAUAUACACAUAAACACAAAAGUGCAUAUGUUUUGAUUUCUUUGUCUGUGCUCUCUUAGGUGAUAAGCUCUUUAAAUGUGAUGAAUGUGACAAGAUGUUCAGCCGCAAGGAGAGCUUGAAGCAGCACAUCUCAUACAAGCACAGCAAAAACGAGGUAGGCGCACCUAGAUCAAUGCUCAACAUUUUGGCCUUUAAUUUUUUUGACCAGGAUAGUCACUGUUUGUGUUGCAGUGGCUAGCUCCUUGAUUCACUGUACAUUGUGUGUGUGUCCGUCUCUCCCUCAGCCCGACGUGGAGUAUAGGUACAAAUGUAACACAUGCGACAAAGCCUUCCGUGUGGAGAAUGCAUUAAAGUUCCACAACUGUCGGACAGGUAAGUGCAGUAUGAAUUAGAAAACACCAUUUGUUUGGGUGUCCGCUAUCUUUAUCCAUCUUUGAAAUACUUCUGAUGUUACUUUACUGUUGUCACUUGUUGUACUGUACAAACCGUACAGCAUCUGCAUUGUCCUGUCUGUGACUUUGUUGAAACAAUAUCCUAUCCGUUCAUUAUUUGUUUCAUUGAAUGACUAGUCAGAUUGUUUGUUCUUGUUCCUGUGGUGGCAGAUGACAAGACAUUCCAGUGUGAGAUCUGCUCGAGGUUCUUCUCCACCAACAGUAACCUGUCUAAGCACAAGAAGAAGCACGGAGAGAAGCUGUACGCCUGUGAGAUCUGCAGCAAGAUGUUCUACCGCAAGGACGUCAUGCAGGACCACCAGAAGAGACAUACUGUGGGUCAGUACUGGCAGAGGGACCAGGGGGGCAUGAGCCAUCUUUAUUGAUGACUAUUUUGUUGAUACUCCCCACAGGGCACAGACGUCAGUUCAAAGUCUAGUUUUGAUUAAAAUAUGGUUGAGUUGUCAACUAACGUGAAUUCAACGUGAAAUAAACACAUUUCACCAUGUCAUUGGAUUUAGGUUAAAAGUUGGGUGAAAAAAAUAUUAAAUUCCCUUACGUUGAUGACUUUUUGCAAAUCCAAUCAGUUUUCCACAUUGAUUCAAUGUCAUCACAUUUAAUUUUUGUUGUUGAAAUGACGUGGAAAUAACGUUGAUACAAUCUUUUGCCCAGUGUGUCUGGAGUUUAUUAUAAGUUUGAAGUAUAUUAUAGUAUAUGAUGUUCUUGAUUAGUUUAUAUCAACAGAGCAGAGCUUGCAACUUUUACAAGUGCAUGGCUCAGAAUCCUGAAAUAAUGUGUUCUAUCCCAACGCGUUAAUCAACCUUCUCUCAGAGCUCAGCUGUACUGUUAUUGUAUGUCUCAGCAAACCCAAAGCACCUGAAGAGAGAAGAGCUGGAGGCCAAUGGGGAGGAAGGGACCAAAUACAGGAAGGAGCCUUCAGCAUGUCCUAUCUGUGGCAAGGUGAGGUGACGCGGAUACCAGAAAAUAUAACUAUUUUGGCAUUGGAUCAAAUGAGUCAAAAUAAAGACUUGAAAGAAGAUAUUUACCCUGACUGUGUGUGUCCAGGUGUUUUCCUGCAGGAGCAACAUGAACAAGCAUCUGCUUACUCACGGGGAUAAGAAGUACACCUGUGAGAUCUGCGGACGCAAGUUCUUCAGAGUGGACGUCCUGAGGGACCAUAUUCAUGUGCACUUUAAAGUGAGAGAGAUUAGUUCAUGGUUCUUUUGAACUCUUACAUAACCACACAUUUGACUCACACUCAAAAAUGACAGAGAGAGAAAGAGAUUGACACUAGGUCCAUAGUGGUGUCGUUGCUCAACUUCCUGUGUGUGUGUUCUCCAGGACAUAGCCCUGAUGGACGAGCAGGAGAGGGAGGAGUUCAUCAGGAAGAUUGGCAUCUCAGUGGACAGCAGCGACGACACUGAUGAGGAGGAUGAAGACUACGGACAAGAGACCCACAAGUACAACUGCAAGAAGUGUCAGGUCAGUCACAGACCACGCACUCGCACAAAUGCCACAUCCCAACACACAUUCUGUCACGCAAACAAACUCACACCACUGUGGUGGUUAAACAAACAAACUCACACCACUGUGGUGGUUAAACAAACAAACUCACACCACUGUGGUGGUUAAACAAACAUACUCACACCACUGUGGUGGUUAAACAAACAAACUCACACCACUGUGGUGGUUAAACAAACAUACUCACACCACUGUGGGGGUUAAACAAACAUACUCACACCACUGUGGUGGUUAAACAAACAAACUCACACCACUGUGGUGGUUAAACAAACAUACUCACACCACUGUGGGGGUUAAACAAACAUACUCACACCACUGUGGGGGUUAAACAAACAUACUCACACCACUGUGGGGGUUAAACAAACAUACUCACACCACUGUGGGGGUUAAACAAACAUACUCACACCACUGUGGGGGUUAAACAAACAUUCUCACACUCUCCAUGGCCACUGUUCGAAUCUACUGUCUUUGUGUUUGUCUAGGUGACGUUCUUCAAGGGCAGAGACUACCUGAAGCACAUCAUGGACCUGCACAAAGAGAGGGGUUAUGGCUGCAUCAUCUGUAACCGGCGCUUCGCUCUGAAAGCCACCUACAAUGCCCACCUGGUCAUCCACAGAGAACAGCUCCCAGACCCUGCAGUGCAGAGGUGAGAAGGGGUGCAGAGAUAAAUCAGGGACAUGGGACAGUGGUGGAGCGAUGAGAGACCGUGACAUGGGACAGGGGUGGAGAGAUGAGAGGACCAGGACACAGAGAUCUAGAACAGGGGCACUGUUGUACACUCUACUUCUUGGUUAGUUACUAGCACUCUGACCAUAACCCUGUCUGUUACACUUUUCAUUUUGCUCUAAAGGUACAUCCACCCCUGCGAAAUGUGUGGCCGAAUCUUCAACAGCAUCGGCAACCUGGAGAGACACAAGGUCAUUCACACAGGUAGGAACCGAACCCUUCAUCUCUACCAAGAUACUUUCUUGAUACUGGACCACAUUCAAUGUUGUACUUUAACACACGAGUCACAUAUUUUGGCACUAUGAUAUCCACCCAAUAUUUGUCUUGAAGGCAUGAUAUGCAUAAUAAAGAAUAUCAGAUUUUUAUGGGCUUAUUAUUUUUAUUUGUUUGCUGUCUCCUCUGUAAUGUUUUUCACCCAGGGGUGAAGAGCCAUGGUUGUGACCAGUGUGGGAAGUCGUUUGCCAGGAAGGACAUGCUAAAGGAACACCUGAGGGUCCAUGACAACGUCAGAGACUUCCUAUGUGCUGAGUGUGGCAAAGGUGAGGCCAUCACCAUGACAACUAUCCUUGUCAAAUAAUUAGUGGUACAGGCAUUUGCAUAAUAGACUAGAAAUGGAGACCAAAUUGACCUACAUUGGUGGUGGCAUUUCCAACUGCUGUUUUUGCCUUUACCAAGCACUUACCUUGAGGUGAGCUGGGACAGUAGGGGUUAAACCAUAGAGACAGUAUAUGCAUGAGAUCUACCACAACUUGAAUGUAAUUCUUGUCCAUAUAUGUAUAUAUUCUUAAAUUCCAUUCCUUACUAGAUGUGUGUGUAUUGGGUAUAUGUUGUGAAAUUGUUAGAUAUUACUUGAAAUAUGUGGCUGUAAGAAUUGGAAAAAUAUUCUGAUCAAAGCAUGCAUGUACUUUUUUUGGUAAACGCAUCCACAAGGGGUAAGCUAAGAACUUCAGCCAAUGUGUUCUCUGCAGGGAUGAAGACCAAGCAUGCGCUGAGGCACCAUAUGAAACUGCAUAAGGGCAUCAAAGAGUACGAGUGUAAGGAGUGCAACCGCAAGUUUGCCCAAAAAGUCAACAUGCUGAAACACUACAAGAGACACACAGGUGAGACGGGCCCAGCAACAACUAUACAAAACAACCCAGUGGCAGGGGGGAAAAAAUGCCACUUUAAUUUAUAAACAUGGGUUUGGCACUGUAAGCUGACAUGCAUUGCCAAACAUUGGUCAUAUUUUACAGAUACAACAAAGCUAAUGAGAGUCUGUACAAAGGGCUUAUUGGGUUAUGGUUUGCACUGACAGAUGUACCGUUUCUACUCUUGCAGGAAUAAAGGACUUCAUGUGUGAGUUGUGUGGGAAGACGUUCAGUGAGAGGAACACCAUGGAGACGCACAAGCUCAUUCACACAGGCAAGUUCCUGGAUGAAUACUCACCGUUUCAUAUUGUGUGUUUUUGUUUUGGACAACUCCAUGAAUACCUUCUGUUUGAGAACCGUUAUUAGAUCUCUCUCUCUCUCUCCCCAGUGGGGAAGACGUGGUCGUGUGCAGUGUGUGAUAAGAAGUAUGUUACAGAAUACAUGCUCCAGAAGCAUGUGCAGCUGACUCAUGAGAAGGUGGAGGCCCAGAGCUGUCACAUGUGUGGCACCAAGGUGUCCACCCGAGCCUCCAUGAACCGCCACAUGAGGCGCAAACACCCUGAGGUGAGCUGGGACAGUAGGGGUUAAACCAAAUAGACACCCUGAGGUGAGCUGGGACAGUAGGGGUUAAACCAAAUAGACACCCUGAGGUGAGCUGGGACAGUAGGGGUUAAACCAUAGAGACAUUAUAUGCAUGAGAUCUACCACAACUUGAAUGUAAUUCUUGUCCAUAUAUGUAUAUAUUCUUAAAUUCCAUUCCUUACUAGAUUUGUGUGUAUUGGGUAUAUGUUGUGAAAUUGGUAGAUAUUACUUGUUAGAUAUUACUGCACUGUCAGAGCUAGAAGCACAAGCAUUUCGCUACACCCGCAAUAACAUCUGCUAAACACAUGUAUGUGACAAAUAAAAUUUGAUUUUGAUUUGAUUAGUAUCAGCUGAAACUGCCAUUCUCUGUCAUGUUCUCCAGACCAGGCCCAUCUCUCUUUGAAACAUAAUUUCCUAUCCCACCUGUUAUUGAUAGUGAAGCCUCAGCUUUCUUUAAACUUCUGCUCUCUCCUCCUACCCCAGGUGGUCACUGUGAGAAUAGAUGAGUUUGACGAGCUCCAAGAAGACUCAACAAUCGAUGAGUCAAGCAUCAGCAUAGUGCAGGUACGAAGUGCCAUACAACGCAUAUGGUGGUGAGCUAAGUACAGUAUAUGCAGAGAUGGAACUAUUUUAAUACUCUUGGUUCUCAUACCCCCCUCAUAGCCCACUCUAACCCUGGAGAAGGAGGCUCUUUCUGGGGAGAGGCCUCAGCGGACCCCCCGGCCGCCCAGGAAGAAGCAGAAACAGCUGGAGGAGCCGGCGCUGUCGGACUCUGAUGAGUAUGCUGACUUCACAGGCAAAGGAGUACAGUACACCACCACUGUAGUGGGAGAUGAGACCAGCUCUGCUGUGCAGAGUAUACAGCAGGUGGGUGGGUCAUGUGUUUGUCUGAUCAUCUAUGUUAGCAAUUAUAUUAGGUUAGAGAUUAUAUUUAUUACAAUUGGGUCCAUCUGUCCAUGAUAAAUGUCUUUAAAUAGUGUUGUGGAUAAGUGGUGUUUUUAAAGGUCCAAUGCAGCAGUUUUUAUCUCAAUAUCAAAUCAUCUCUGGGUAACAAUUAAGUACAUUACUGUGAUUGUUUUAAAUUAAAAUGUUAAAAAAUAAAAUGGCUUCUUAGCAAAUAGCAAUUUCUCAAGCAAGAUUUUUGCUAGGACUGUCUGGGAGUGGUUUGACUGGGGAGGGGGAAAACUGAAAAUUAGCUGUUAUUGGCAGAGAGGUUUGGAACUCACUUUCUUAUUGGUCUAUUAACUAAUUUACAGCAUGGUGAUGUCACCAUGGAAGGCCAAAACUCCCUCCCACCAAAACAGGCUGAAAUUUCAGGCGGUCUUUUCAAGUAGCUCGUACACUAAAAGGGACUUAUCAUCAUUUUCACCAUUUCACAGUAUUAUUCUAACCUCGUGUGGAAAUAUACACUGAGUGUACAAAACAUUAGGGUCACCUUCCUAAUAUUGAGUUGCGCACCCCCUUUUGCCCUCAGAACAGCCUCAAUUCGUCUGGGCAUGGACUACAAGGUGUCUAAAGCGUUCUACAGGGAUGCUGGCCCAUGUUGAUUCUAAUGCUUCCCACAGUUGUCAAGUUAGCUGGAUGUCCUUUGGGUGGUGGACCAUUCUUGUUACACACGGGAAACUGUUUAGCGUGAAAAACAAAACAGCGUUGCAGUUCUUGACAAACUCAAACCGGUUCGCAGCAAAUCUCUCCCCCUACAGAGGGGAGGGCAGACCUAAAUACUCUUGCCUUAUCUGUUCGCUGUUUCAUCCUUCUGUGCCUGGUGCCAAAGCAUUAAAUCAAGGCUGAGACCUUGGGGUUGAAUAGACUAUACAUUUGAAACAUCUUUAUCGCUUAAGGACACCAUUGGCUGAUUUUUAUGGCUCAAGGGCAUACAUAGAUACCAGUUAGUAAGACCUACUUUAUGGUGACCUCUGGCAUUAGAGAGGGUACCUAAUGGCCAAAUUCCAAUAGGGAAUAAUCAUCAGAAAAUAGCAUUCUUAACAACACACACACACCUCAUACAAAAGCAGACUCCUAUACUCACAUAUACACUCACACACAUGCAUACGCCUAUACUCACAAACACACGCGCAUACACACACAUAGCCAACGCUGCUGUCCCAUGUAUAUAGAGACAUUAAACACUGGACAAUUCCUGUUUCUUUUAUACUGUUUUUCACUUUGUGUAUUUAUAUACUGUAUUCUUCAAAUUGCUCAUUCUAAUAUAUCUACUACUGUACAUUGCAUUUUUGUUACUGUUUAUACCGCUUAUUUAUAUACUGGAUUCUUUACAUAGCUCACUGUAAUACACUGAGUGUACAAAACAUUAGGAACACCUUCCUAAUAUUGAGUUGCACCCCCUUUUGCCCUUAGAACAGCCUCAAUUUGUCGGGCAUGGACUAAAAGGUGUUGAAAGUGUUCCACAGGGAUGCUUCCCACAGUUGUCAAGUUGACUGGAUGUAUUUUGGGUGGUAGACCAUUCUUGAUACACACGGGAAACUGUUGAGCGUGAGGAACCCAGCAGCAUUGCAGUUAUUUUCACACUCAAAACAGUGCGCCUGGCACCUACUACCAUAUCCGGUUCAAAGGCACUUAAAUAUUCUGUCUUGCCCGUUCACCCUCUGAAUGGUACACAUACACAUUCCAUGUCUCAAGGCUUAAAAAUCCUUCUUUAACCUGUCUCCUCCCCUUCAUCUACACUGAUUUGAAGUGGAUUUAACAGGUGACAUCAAUAAGGGAUCAUAGCUUUCACCUGGUCAGUCAUGGAAAGAGCAGGUGUUCCUAAUGUUUUGUAUUCUCGGUGUAUAUAAAAAAACUGGAAAAUCAUGUUUUGGACUGCACUUGGCCUUAAAGUUUUCCAUAUUGUCCACAACAUCAUUUGUAGAUUGUGUGAGUAUCAUACUGUUAGUAGUGAAUGAUCUGACCCAGUUUUAAUGGUGCUGUUGUUGUAGGUGGUGGUGCUGGCCGACCCCAACGUGUCCUCAGCCUCCUCCCCCAACAGCUCAGUGGGGCUGACCAACAUCACAGUGACCCCCAUCACCUCCCAUGCCCCUGCCCAGUUCACCAGCCUGCAGCCCGUAGCCGUAGGCCACCUGUCAGCCAGCGACCACCGGCCCCUCACCCUGGACAGCUCCAUCCUCACUGUCACCUUCGACACGGUCAGCGGCUCCGCCAUGCUCCACAACCGGCCCGCCGAGCUCACGACCGAGACGGUGGGGCCGGGCGGUGCCAGUACUGGGCAACAGUCGGUCGCCCACUUUAUCAACCUUACCACCUUUGUCAACCCAAUGGGCCACCCCCUGGAGACCCCCACCCUGGCCUGGAGGCCUGUCACGCAGGCUGACGGGGUCCAGGUCACCCCUGUGGCUGAGGGGGCUCCAGGUGACGCCCAGGACUCUGAGACCCAGACCCCAGAGCAGGCUAGACAAGCCCAGGCAGCACAGCAACAGCAGGCCAACACAACACAGCAGAUGUUCAGCUACUAGACUGGAGAGGGGAGGUGCUGGUCACCUCAGUCCUGGUGAAGGACAGUGGGUAGACUCCAGACACAUGGAAGGACUGUGUGGACUAGAGGCCUUGAAUGCUCUCACCCUAAUGCCUAUGUUACAUUCCCCAAAAUACACUCCUUGAAUAAGAGAACAUUAAUGGAGGAUGAUAGCAUUUACAUGAACCAAGAGACACUUUCUCUUGAGUUGUUGUUUGUCAAAAACCCUGCAGAGGAAGUUGUUUUGAACUGUAUAGUUUACUGAGAUGCAUGUACAGUUAAAAAUAAUGAAAUUAUUUGGGUGCAUUGUUUCUUUGGUCAAAACUACACAGUUUGACUGAUCAACAGAUCAAUGUAAUAGUUAUAAAAUAAACCUAAGCAAGAUAUUGAAUAUUCCAAUUUGUGAAUUUAACAUGCACGUCUCGCAAUAUUUACAUAUUUUCACUACAGAAUUAUUUAGGUUAUUGAGAUGCAAAAAAGUGUAAUGAUUUUUUGAAAUUCUGUCAUUGGUGGUUAAAAUAAAAAUAUUAAAUGAUUUUGGCACACAACUUUGAAUGCCUUGCACAAGAGGUUAAUAGAAGCCAAUUAGAUGAGUCUGAGCGUUUUUUAUGAGUAGAUCAUGAGUGUAAAGCAGCCAAGACACAGCAUUUAUCCAGUAGAGAAAAUCAUAUUUUAUUUUUGAAUGUCUGAAAGCAUUGAAACUUAAGAGCAUUGUUGAGCAAUUGUCAAAAAUACUGGAAGCCUUUUUUAUUGCUGUUUUUUUCAAUUAAAUUUCAC